UCAGGGUGGACAAAUCCUUAGAAUCUGUGCAUCGAUCUCUGCUAUUACUCACAAGCCAAUACGGGUAGGCAAAAUUCGAGCAGGGAGGUCAAAUCCGGGCCUGAGCAACCAACACCUGACUGGAAUUCAGCUUGUUGCGGAUAUGUGCAAUGCAAGUCUCCAAAAUUGUCACUUCGGGUCCACCGAACUUACAUUCAUCCCUGGUGUAAUCUCGGGCGGUUAUUUUGUCGCUAAUGCAAAAACAGCGGGCUCAAUUAGUUUGCUUGCACAAAUUGCUCUUCCAGUUGCGCUAUUUGCCCCCUGUGAAACUCGAUUUGUCCUUGAAGGUGGCACAGACGCUUUGUUUGCUCCUCCUAUAGAUUAUUUAACUCUGGUAGCCAAAUUCUAUCUAGAGAAGAUGGGUGCAAAUUUUACGGUUAAGACCAUUCGUAGAGGAUUCUAUCCUAGGGGUGGUGGAAUCGUUCAACUUGACAUACAGUCACUUGAAAAACCUCUGAAAGCAAUCACUGCAACUGAUUUUGGAAAAGUUUCUCGAGUUACUGGCUAUGCAUUCACUGCUGGCAAUACGCCUGAAAAGAUUUCUCACCAAAUACAAAAAGAAGCGACUCGGUUAUUCAAGUCAUCUUUCAACUGUCCUAUUGAUAUUGGUGCAUACAGAGAGUCCAAUGAAACAAGUCAUGGGAAUAUUGCUACUUUCCAGAAUCGCUAA